AUGAUUCGUUUCAUCCUUAUCCAGAAUCGAGCUGGAAAAACUCGUCUUGCAAAAUGGUAUAUGCAUUUCGAUGACGAUGAGAAGCAGGUACGUCUUCCUGUCCUUAUACAAUAAUU